CACAAUUGGUUUCAUACCCAAUGUCACAUUCUUCUGGAUCAUUGUGUUUAAUAUGUAAUGCUAGAUUGCUUGUAUUUCCAGACGUUUUAACUCGUUUGUUACAAAUAGUGCAAACGGCAGUACCAUCUUCUUUUUUGAAAUAUGACCAUAAUCUUCUUCUCUUCAGAUUUUGAAAUUAAAAUUGAGUUUUAAUUUAUUAGCAACUAACAGGUACAACACGUGUACAUGUCACACGUCAUAUCACAAAACAUAUACACUUGUCACUUGCCGUGUUGCCAGUCAAGCGUUUUACCCGUUUUUGUGGGUAUUUUAAUUUGUAUGGGUUUUUCGAUAUUUUGAUACGAUAUAUUGAAUUUUUCGAUAUCGA